AUGGAAAAUCAGCAAAGCUUUCAAUACUUUAUUCCAAACUAUACAAUUCAGACCAUAACCCCAUACUACUUCUGUGCCUUUCCCCAGGUCCCAGUAGUGUCCAUUCCAAUUAAAAACUCUGUUGAAACAGCUCCAAAAGGGAAAUACAAGAGGACUUGGAAAAAGAACCAAGUUGAAAGGCUCUAUGAAAUAACCAAAGCCUAUGCUCAGCAGAAGGACAAAAAUAUCGAGGAUCUCGACAUCCACGACUUUGAAACGAUUUCAAAGGAAACCGAACAGUCAGCUGAGCAGUGUAUGGCGAAAAUCAACGAAAUCCAAGUCUCUGGAACUUUGCGCCCUGGGAUUUGGUCUGAAAAAGAAGAUGAAAAGCUCAUCGAAUUGGUAGAAAGCGCUGUAAAAAAGUGGGGAAACAUUGCUAAUAUUAUCAACAAUACAAUACACAAAGGACUCAAAAUAAGGACUGGCAAGCAUUGCAAGGAAAGAUGGAACAACCAUUUAAAUCCUGAAAUCAAGAGAGGGAGCUGAACUGACAAGGAAGAUUCACAGUUGCUUGAGCUGCAUAAGGAGCUUGGCAACAAGUGGAGCACCAUAGCAAAACAGGUGGGAAAUCGGACAGAAUGUUCAGUAAAGAACCGAAUAAAGUCUCUCUUGAAUAAAAAGAGGCAGGAGCUGAUACCAUUUGAAGAGCCUUGCAAGAUUGAUGUCAAAGAUCUGGCACAAAAUAGCCUUUCAGUCCCAACUUCACAAGUCGAAGAAGCUGCAAGCCCAAGGAGUGGACUAGGAUAUGCCUCUUUUAAUUAA